UUUAAUGUCAGUUUUUUAGCAAAAAAGUCGGUGAUAUUCGUAUUUUUCGACGUGAAAUCAAGCUUCUCAGGUCGCUUCGAUGUUGAACUGAUUGACAAAAGUGUCUUACUUGAAUGGAGCUCGAUUUUGUGUAAUGAAAAACAUGGCGGAACAGGAAAUUUACCAUGAAAGACAGUCUCGAAUGCUCUGUGCUGUCCACGCUCUGAAUAAUAUUUUUCAAGAUCCAACUGCCUAUAGCAAAGCUGAUUUUGAUACUAUAUGCUAUAAUUUAAGCCCAGAUUCGUACAUAAAUCCUCAUAAAAACCCCGUUGGACUUGGAAAUUAUGACGUAAAUGUUCUGAUGACCGCUGUUUCAAUGAAAGGUUAUGAAACUGUUUGGUAUGACAAACGAAUGUCAUUGGAUUCUUUGUGCCUUGAUAACAUACUUGGUUUUAUCAUCAAUAAACCUUCAGGUAUGAACCUUGCAGGACUUAUGUUACCAAUAAAAAGACCACAUUGGUUUGCAGUCAGGAAAAUAGAAGCUACAUUCUAUAACUUGGACUCCAAGCUUUCCAAACCAGACAUUAUUGGUGAUAAAGAAUCAGAUGUGGUACAGUUUCUUGCCAAAAUGAUAAACGAGGAGAGCAAAGUUGAGAUUCUUCUUGUUGUAGAGCAAAGUGUUUCUGAGACAAAAUCUUGGAAAAAGUUAACUAAUGGUGAUUGAUACUUGCUGCAAUUUUCACUUAUAUAUGCAUUAUAAGUUUAAAACACGAGAGAGAGUGUUUUAAACGGCUURAAAAACUCCAACACUAACUUGAA